UCUAGCACCGUGGUCUCCUUGGAGUGGGUGGACGUUCAGCCAGCUAUUGGGACCAAGGUCUCUGACUAUAUUCUGCAGCACAAGAAAGUGGAUGAGUACACAGAUACAGACCUCUACACGGGAGAAUUCCUGAGUUUUGCCGAUGACUUACUCUCUGGCCUGGGUACAUCUUGUGUAGCAGCUGGCCGAAGCCAUGGAGAGGUCCCUGAAGUCAGUAUCUACUCCGUCAUCUUCAAGUGUCUGGAGCCCGACGGUCUCUACAAGUUCACUCUUUACGCGGUGGAUACACGAGGGAGGCACUCCGAGCUCAGCACGGUGACCCUGAGGACCGCCUGUCCCCUGGUGGAUGACAACAAGGCCGAAGAGAUAGCCGACAAGAUCUACAAUCUGUACAAUGGGUAUACAAGCGGCAAGGAGCAGCAGACUGCCUACAACACGCUGAUGGAAGUCUCGGCCUCCAUGCUGUUUCGAGUCCAGCACCACUACAACUCUCACUAUGAGAAGUUCGGCGAUUUUGUCUGGAGGAGCGAGGAUGAGCUGGGGCCCAGGAAGGCCCACCUGAUCCUCCGGCGGCUGGAGAGGGUGAGCAGCCACUGUUCCAGCCUCCUGCGAAGCGCCUACAUCCAGAGCCGCGUGGACACCGUGCCCUACCUCUUCUGCCGCAGCGAGGAGGUCCGGCCCGCGGGCAUGGUGUGGUUCAGCAUCCUCAAGGACACCAAAGUCACGUGCGAGGAGAAGAUGGUGUCCAUGGCCCGGAACACGUACGGGGAGUCCAAGGGCCGGUGAGGGCGGGCGCCGCCCUCCGCGAGCACAGAGACUCUCCGGGGGAGGCGAGCGGUGCUCUCGUGGAUCCGGGGCCUGGCGGGCGGGUGGAGCUCAGCUGAGGAUGGGCCGGACGGAGGAGGCGUGCCAGCAAGGCCAAAGCAGACUCUCUUGUGGAUAGCCAACGGAGAACUUUGUCACCACUGGAAUUCUUCAUUUGCCCCCAGCUUUUAUUUUUUCUAAGAUAUCAUUUGACUCUAUCAAAGUCUCUCCUUUUUAAACUUUUUCUUACGGAUGGCAGUCAGUCCUGAGGCAGGAGCUUUCAGUUGGAGACCCAGCGGCCUUUCCUCUUCUUCCUUCCUCCUGCCACCCACCCCCUGGCUUCCUUCCUGCUGUGGACCCCAGGAGGAGCCCUGUGGUGAGCUAGUUGGACCCCCUUCAGCAUCAGGAAGGAGGCCCCGAGGAUCAUUGGCAGUGAGGAAGCUUGGGUCUUUAGGACUUUCGUUUUCCAGACAUGUUUGGGUUGGCAGGACCCCUGCCUCUUCCUGCUCCCCGUGGGUCUGCCCAGAGUCCCCGCAGGACUUCCCAUGCAUUAAAAAUUCCUGUUGUCUCUCUCUC